AUGGCCUACGGCGACUUUGAGCUGCUCUGCCAUAGAGCAAACAUUCCUUUAUGCCCCCUGGUGGGCCCAUACAACACUGUUGGUGGAGCGUUUACCCAGGGAGUGCUUCCACGGUGCUAUGCGCGGUCAAUCGAUCUAGCAAACACCCUGGUGUUCAACGUGGGCAAUGUGUUUUUACAAUUCGGAACUUUUGUUGUGCUGGCAAUUAUUAUAUACAAUUCGUAUCAAAAGUAUACGGCUGUUGGCAGACGUGAAAUGCUGGACUUUUUCUAUUUAUUCACUUUUCUCACUUUGUGGUCCAUGAUUAUCGACACCGGCGUCGUCGCUGCGGAUGCCGGCGCCUACCCUUGGUUUGUAGCUGUCCAGAUGGGCAUAUCGGGUGCUUUGUGUAUGGAGCUGCUGUGUACUGGGCUAAUAGGGUUCCAGCUGUGGGAGGAUGGCAUAGCAGCCAGUGUAUGGGGUAUCCGGACCUUGGCUACGCUUUGGGGAGUCGGCAACUUCAUCACGGCGAUCCUCACCUUCAAGUCGUGGGGUGGCCUGGAUCCUCAGCACACGGUGGCACUUAUGACCGUCAACUACGUUAUCAAUGCAGUGCUGUUGUUCCUCUAUGUAUGCAUGAUGCUCUACUUCACAUCGGUGCUGCUUCGUGAGUGGUGGGCCUGCGGUGCGGUCGGACUCGGUGUCUUUUUCUUUGUGGCCGGCCAACUGCUCAUGUACGCGUUUGGCUACGAGAUCUGCGACAGUGUCAAGCACUACGUGGACGGCAUUUUCUUUGCAACCGUCUGCAACAUGUUCGCUGUGCUCAUGAUCUACAAGGCAUGGGACAUCACCACCUCCGAGGACUUGGAGUUUGUUGUUUCAAACACCGAGAGUGCCUGGGACCUCAAAUCCGCACUCGCUGCUGACGACGUCUACGGCGAUUAUAACAGCGAGUACGCCAUGUCGCAUUACACAAUGCCCGUGCCGGCUAUGUAG